AUGUUUCUCUCUCCGUUGCAGGUGUCGUGGAUCCGGCACCGCGACCUGCACAUCCUGACGGUGGGCGGCUACACGUACACGUCGGACCAGCGCUUCCAGGCCACGCACGCGCCGCUGGCCGACGACUGGACGCUCCACAUCAAGUGGGCGCAGCAGCGCGACGCCGGCGUCUACGAGUGCCAGGUCUCCACGCAGCCCGUGCGUUCCUUCUUCGUCACCCUGCACGUUGUUGAUUGCAACGAGAUGUUCCAGAGGAUGUUCUCUGACCAAGUGCCGUCGGCGCGCAUCCUGGGCGGGCCCGACCUGCACGUGGACAUCGGCUCCACCAUCAACCUCACGUGCCUCAUCCAGUUCAGCCCCGAGCCCCCCGCCUACAUCUUCUGGUACCACGAGGACGAGGUGAGCGGACAAAAACAGGUGAUUUCGUACGACUCGUCGCGCGGCGGCGUGUCGGUGGUGACGGAGAAGGGCGCCGCCACCACGUCGUACCUGCUGGUGCAGGACGCCGCGCCCGCCGACUCCGGCCGCUACUCCUGCUCGCCCUCCAACGCCGAGGUGGCCUCCGUGCGCGUGCACGUGCUCAACGGCGAGCGGCCGGCGGCGAUGCAGACGGGGUCGGCGGGGCUGUCCAACAGCUCGCGCUGCAUCCUGGCGCUGCUGGCGGCGUGCGCGCUGCACGCGCGGCUGCUGCGCGCGCAGCUGGCCAGCUGAUCGCGCGAGCGCCCCGCGCGCUAGGCCCG